AUGGAGAGCUGGGUCAGGGAAUGUGGGCCAGAGACCUGUUCUCAGGCAGUGGCCCUGGCAGAAGGCUUCCUCCUGAGCCAGGCUGAGGACAAGAAUCAGGACCAGCAGGUGCAGGAGAGGAUGGCGCGUUACCACGGAGCAACCUUUCCAAGUGAGGCCAUAAAACCUAUGAUGGAGAAUCAUGAUGGAGAAAAAGCGGCUUCUGUGCAGCCAGAUCGGAGUGAGCGAGCAGCUCUGCGUCCUUUCCAGCUGUUCAUCGUGCACAAAAUAAACAAGACCAUCACCCUGAAUACGGCUACCAGGGACAGCCUUUCCUGGUGGACCAACGUGACCAACUUGACGUCCGGACAAUCUUACAUUCACGAACAGCCCAUACAGGUGUUCACCGAUGCCAGUCUCGAGGGAUGGGGAGCCACGGACUUCUGCUUCUCCAUCCUGAUUCCAUAUCCCCAGUGGAAGAAGCAGGAGAUCCACUUGUCCAAGACGCAGAAGAACCAGAGGGAUCAGCAGGUAUCUGCUGACUUGUGUGCGGCUGAUGUUCGCCAGAAAAAGCCCAAGGGUGAACCACAACACCUAUUUGCUGAAAAGCAGCAGAAAAGAAACGCUGGAACAAUACGGAAGAGGGGGAAGGAAUGCACUGCUUCUCAGGCUGCUGAAUCCCAGGUGUUUGAUACAUGGUGGACAAUCCACACAGGGGAGAAGCCUGAUAAGUGCUUGAAGGGUGGAAGCAGCUUUGCUUGGAAGGAAGACCUUUUUGGCCACCAGCGUAUCCACACUGGGGAGAAACCUUAUAAAUGCUUAGAGUGUGGAAAGGGCUUUGCUUCGAGUUCAUACCUUACUGUCCAUCAGCGUAUCCACUCUGGGGAGAAACCUUAUAAAUGCUUGCAGUGCGGAAAGAGCUUUGCUUGGAAUUCACAGCUUACUGUCCAUCAGCGUAUCCACACUGGAGAGAAACCUUAUAAAUGCUUGCAGUGUGGAAAGGGCUUUGCUUCGAGUUCAGAGCGUACUAUCCAUCAGCGUAUCCACACUGGGGAGAAACCUUAUAAAUGCUUGCAGUGUGGAAAGAGCUUUGCUUGUAAUUCAAAUUUUACUAUCCAUCAGCGUAUCCACACUGGGGAGAAACCCUAUAAAUGCUUGCAGUGUGGAAAGAGCUUUGCUUGUAAUUCAAAACUUACUGUCCAUCAGCGUAUCCACACUGGGGUGAAACCUUAUAAAUGCUUGAAGUGUGGAAAGAGCUUUGCUCGGUGUUCAAAACUUACUAUCCAUCAGCGUAUCCACACUGGGGAGAAACCUUAUAAAUGCUUGCAGUGCGGAAAGGCUUUUGCUUCAAGUUCAGAGCUUACUGUCCAUCAACGUAUCCACACUGGGGUGAAACCUUAUAAAUGCUUGCAGUGUGGAAAGAGCUUUUCUCAGUGUUCAAAUCUUACUGUCCAUCAGCGUAUCCACACUGGGGAGAAACCUUAUACAUGCUUGCAGUGUGGAAAGAGCUUUACUCAGUCAGAACUUACUGUCCAUCAACGUAUCCACAGUGGCAAGAAACCUUAUACAUGCUUGCAUUGUGGAAAGAGCUUUGCUCGGCGUUCAUGUUUUACUAUCCAUCAACGUAUCCACACUGGGGAGAAACCUUAUAAAUGCUUGCAGUGUGGAAAGAGCUUUGCUUGUAAUUCAAAUUUUACUAUCCAUCAGCGUAUCCACACUGGGGAGAAACCCUAUAAAUGCUUGCAGUGUGGAAAGAGCUUUGCUGACUCUUCAAAUCUUGCUGUCCAUCAGCGUAUUCACACUGGGGAGAAACCU